UAUAAAAUUACAAUAACUUAAGGCCGAGCAUAUUAUUAUGGCAAGCGCAACUUCAUCGACAGUAGUACUAGCCCUUGGACUCCUAUUUAUGACCCUUGUAGGGGAGUGCUAUGGCCAAUGCGGUGACAAUUUUCGGGUGGGUUACUACCAAGAGAAGUGUGGCAAGGUUGAUGUUGAAGCUAUAGUUUUCGCCAUUGUCAAGAAACAUUACAUAGACGACGCAGGCACCAUUGCUGAUCUUGUUCGCUUACAGUUCCAUGAUUGUUUCGUCAGGGGUUGUGAUGCCUCGAUUUUACUCGAUGGAGAAGAUGCAGAGAAAACUGCACGUCCAAAUCUAAGUGUUUCUGGUUAUGAUAUCAUUGAAGAAGCUAAAGUUGCUCUUGACAAAUAUUGCCCUGGAAUUGUCUCUUGUGCUGACAUCGUUGUCCUUGCUGCCAGAGCCGCCACAUUCUUGGGUGGAGCGGACUGGUACUACGUGGAAACUGGAAGAAAAGAUGGUCGCAUUUCAAUAGCAGAAGAUGCCAAGAACGGGCUUCCUGGAGCAAGGAUUCCAAUCCCCGCAGCUGUUAAAUUGUUCGCUGAUUUUGGACUUGACACUGAGGAUUUUGUUUAUCUGUUAGGUUGUCACACUGUUGGAACUGCACACUGUGCCAAUUUCCAAGACCGUCUAUACAAUUUUGGCGAUAGCGGGAAACCAGACCCUACCAUGGCACCUAAAUUGCUUUCUUCCCUACAGAAGACAUGUCCCCGCAAUGUUAACUCUGGGAAUCAAGCAUUCCUAGACCAAACUAAAGGAAGCGAGAACAAAAUGGACAAUGCUUUCUUUAAGAGAAUUUUGGAAGGCGAGGGUGUUCUUGAAGUUGAUCAAAACCUUGCUCUUCAUCCAUUGACAAGGAGCAUUGUUGUUAGAGCUGCUAAUGAUGAGAAUAUCUUCAAAGCUAAAAUUGGUCCAGCUAUGCGUAAAAUGGGCUUAAUUGGUGUUCUUACUGAAGGAGAGGUUAGAGUUGGAACGUGCAAGAAGACUCUUUAAGAAAUUCUUCACAAUUAGCUCGAAUCUUUAUUACAUUCAUUUGAUUGUUACCUUAAUCAAUUACUUCAAUACUUCUUUCAUGAAGAUUUGUUGUAUUUGUUGAAGUUUUCAUUUCACUUUGUCUGUUUAUUGUCAUGUGUGUCCCAUGUUGGGAAUUGUUGAAGUUUUAUGAGAAUUGUAUGUCAAUGAUUUUGCGCAUGCAUGCAUGCUAACAAGUAACUGUACG